AUGCUGGUGCUGCUGGACCCGCUGACCGACCGACCCACGGGUCAGCGGCUCAGCUCGGUACCGCUGGGCUCCGUGGUGGUGCUCACCCUGCAGCUCACCAGCCCCGACGACCUGGGCCCCGUCACCCUGGCCGUCAUGAUGCCGGGGGGGCUGGAGCCGCUGGAUCCAAACACAGCUGCCGGCGCGGGGGGGGAAGACGGGGGGUUGGGACUGAGCUGCGGGGCGAACUGGGUCAUGACGGACAGCGCCUGGGGCGGCAGCUCCUUCUUCCGCGGCUGGUGGUGGCCGAUGUGCCCCUCGCAGGAGACCCGGCCCCAACUGGUCACGUUCUCCUACCUGGCAUUGCGCUCCGGAACCAGCUCCGUCUCCGUACGAGCAGUAGCCGCCACACCCGGCACCUUCAUAUUCCCGCCAGUAAGGGCCUUUGCGGACAACCAGCCCGAGCUAAGCGGCAUUGCAGGCAGAGGUGAAGAGAACCAGUGCGGGUGCGGCAGUUCUGGUCUUCUGGAACCGGUGAUUGUGGAUAAUGUGCUGGGCAUGGAUAGGUUGGUAUUAUUUUUGACCCGGCCCCUGGGGGCUAUUGCCUGUGGGUUCGAGCCCCGCAAGGAUCAAGCAUUGAUGUUUCACUGCUCUAGCUUUGUGAAGUGUCAAUGCAAGCGCCAUCGUGCGUCCGUGGCGCUCGUGACGGAGGUCUGUGAUCCGUGGUGGAUCUGA